AUGCCAUUCAGAUUCCCAGUAAAGUUUGAAAUACCCAAACAUUCAUACGUGAACGCCAGGGUUAUCAAGGAUCAAUUCAAAAGAUUACAAUAUGCCGAACAUGAAGUCCAAAGAAAUGCGUUGAAAUACAUCGCAAGAAAUACUGAAUUACCUGGUAAUGUCAGAUUAGAAGCACAAUUACAAUUAUCUUCCAUGCCUAAAUAUACAUCAUUAACACAAAUAAGAGACCGUUGUGUUGCUUCAGGUAAUGGUAAAUGGGUUAUCAAGGAUUUUAAAUUAAACAGAACUGCUUUCAGAGAUAGAGCAACUGCUGGUAUUAUUCCUGGAGUCAAAAAGGCUUCUUGGUAA